GGGGCCGCCCGCCCUGCCGGUGUGACGCGCUGGAAAUAAUUUGAAAAUGGCCGCCGCGCCGAGCGGAGGAGAGAGGCUCGAAGAGAAAUCAGAGGACCACGAGCAGGCUGGGCAAAGGGAGAAGCUGCUGAAAGUGAAGAAACAUAAGAAAAAAGAGGAGCGAGAUGACGAGAAACAUCGAGAAGCCCAGCCUACGGAAGCUCUGGUCCCGGAGCCAGCUGACGGGAACAAAGUUGAAACAGCGGAACAAGAGGGAGCUGUUGCGGCCACCCCUUCCACUCCGAAGCCAAGGCGUUCUCUGAUCAGAGACCGAGGCCCACUAUAUGAUGACCCCACACUUCCUGAGGGCUGGACACGGAAGCUAAAGCAGAGGAAGUCCGGCCGAUCAGCGGGAAAGUACGACGUGUACAUUAUCAACCCACAGGGAAAGGCAUUCCGUUCCAAAGUGGAGCUCCUGGCACACUUCGAGAAGGUCGGAGAUACCACACUCGACCCCAGCGACUUUGACUUCACAGUCACAGGGCGAGGGAGCCCCUCAAGAAGAGAGAAGAAACCGCCUAAAAAGCCAAAGAGCCCCAAGUCGACCGGUACGGGAAGAGGCCGGGGCAGGCCCAAAGGGAGCGGCAAAGACAAGAGGGUUCAGAAAGGCGGCCCGUCGAAGAGGUUGUCGGAUAAAAGCGCGGCAAAGCUCCUGGUUAAAAUGCCUUUCUCAGCUCCCCUGUUGCAGAAGGCUGAAGGAGCCACGUCUUCCACGGAACAACUUCCGAAGGUGCGGAAAGGCGGGCCUGGCAGGAAGAGGAAGUCUGAGAUCGAGCCCCAGGCUGUCCCAAAGAAGAGGGGCCGAAAGCCUGGCGGGGGCUUUGUGGCGCCAGCCAUGAAGAAGAAAAUCAUCAAGGAGUCUUCCAUCAAGCCUGAAGAAGUGACUGUUUUGCCAAUCAAAAAGAGGAACCUGGGGGAGGAGAGCUCCCCCCUGAAAAAGAGAAAAAGUACCCGCAUCUUUGAGGAGGACACCAGCGUGCCAGUGGUGGGGAGCUCAGUGGUGAAGGAAAGCAUCCAGCCUGAACAGUCAGUGACGGAUGGUGGAGAGAAGAGUGGGAAAGGACAGAAAAGCAUUAAAAGUGUGAUUCACAAGGCAAGAGAGGGGAGCCCGAAAGGCAGGAGUAUCAAGAAGGAGCCCCCUCACUCUGCUGACCCCAAGGAUUCGGAGCCAAUGGAGGUGACUGCUCAAGAGGCGGAGAGCUCCAAGGACAGGAGGAGCCCCUCAGAACCCAAAGACUUGAGCGCAAGAGCGUGCAUGGAGGAGAAGCCUCCACGGAGCAGACCCGAGGCUGACCUGCUUCCAAAGGAGCCCUCAAAGACUGAGCUCGCAGAGAAGGGCAAACUGAGAGGCGAGGGUGAUCAGCGGGCUGUCAUCUCCACUGUGCCGAGGCCGAGUAGAGAGGAGGCGGCAGAUACCCGAGCGACUGUCUCGGAGAGAGUUAGCUGACUUUGAUAGGAAGAAGGAAAAAAACAUGAACGAGGCAGCUGUUGUGUCUUUUCCUCCUUUGUGAGUAGGGCUCUAACGAAGGCUUUCCAGAGCAGUGAUGCUGAACCUCGAAGCUUAUAUGGGGCAAGAUUUAAUUUCUAAUUUCUUCCUUGAAGUGUUUGCAUCUGUUAGGUGGUCAAAUGUCAAGUCUGUCUUUGUAUUUUGUUUGACUCUCAGAACGAAAGUGAGCGAGAGAUUUCCCCCCACCUUUCCCCCUAUCCACCGGCCCCUCCUCCACUUCAACCUUCCUCCUUUUCCUCCUUUCCCACACCCUCCACUGUUCCCAGUCUAGGGACAAUAAACAACAAAAGCUCACCAUGCCUGUGCUACAGUGCCACCAUAGGGCCCACGUUCAGUCAGUAGGGUGUCAGAGAUCCCCACUCCAACCCCUCCAAGUUUCUGAGGCCAUUUUAGAGCUUGCCAGCCAGAUUCCAGCCGUGUCUAAUGUUGGGCCCAAACCUACAGAGUUCUGCAUCUUAUUUUGGGAGGAGGGUGGGGUCUCUGAUGCUGGGGGAGGGUGCAAGUUGGUGCGCUGAAGAUUUCAUGCCCUAUGAAAUGUCUUGUCGCUAGCAUUGUUCAGUGUCACCGCAGGUGGUCGCUAAGCAACAUGACAGACUCCUGGAGGGCAGGAGGCCAGUCAAUGCACCCAGCUUCAAAUUGUACCCACCUGCUGGCCCAUUUAAGGACAUGUUUAGUCUGUUUGUGUAGUGUUCGUGGCCCAUAGGGUGAAUGACCUCCAUCUCCUCCCUCUCUCUCUCUCUCUUUCAGUGUUUCUUUCUCUCUCUGUCUCUGUCUGUCUCUCUCUCUCUCUGUCUCUCUUUCUCUCUCUCUCUAUCUCUCCAUCUCUCUGUCUGUCUGUCUCUUCCCCCCGCCCCCCCCCCGAGCCAACCUUAUUCAUUCAGCCUCAGCCAGGGAGACCCUGAAGAUCUUGGGCGUAAGGAGUCACCCUCGGCCAUGCCAGAAAAGGGCUUUUUGCCUCAUUGUAACAAAGUGAGGGCACCAGCCUUGUCAGCUUGGACGACAUGGAUGAGCCGUGCCCUAGGGCAAUCUGAACCCCUGUCAGUUUGUCCACAAAAGGCAGCCUCUGCUCCACUGUCCCAAGUAAACCCAACUGUCUGUGCGUGCACCAGCUUAACCUGCAAUGUCAGUCAGGGUGCGCGCCAUGUCCCUGGGUUGUUGAAGCAAAGUGUACAGUACGGUGAGACACACCAGCCUGGACUGGGGGAAUGCUGAUGCCACAACCACACCGGUGCCCUUUUCCAACACACAGCCAAAGUUGCUGCCUAUCAUUGCUGAACCGGGCUGGGAAGUUGGGAGGAAGAAACCCUAUAAAUCCUAAAUACACUUAGUUUCCUUGCGGGAAGUGGGGGCGGGUCUCUUACUGUGAAGAGUUUAUUCUCUCUCAAUGGGCUAGGAUAUGUUCUGUGCUUAUUAAAGGCCCCUGACUUUCAUCAGGGAUUUUGGGGAAUGGCUGGGCUUUCCCAAGGGGGACAAUGAUGCAGCAGGCUUCCAAAAGCUAGGCACUCACUUUCUCAUUUCCAAACAGCCCACAUGCUGCAGGUUUUGCCACACCCCACAAACAAUGUGCAACGUUGUCCUUAGAACCCAGCAGCACUUGAAACCGAACUGGAAUCCUCUUUGUUUACUGUCUGCACCCCCACCGGGUUCAUUUCAAAAGAAAGUGUGGGCACUCUAGGAGUGAAAGCACCGUUCAACUCUGGUUUUAGAAACCUGAACUUGCUGUACUUCUGUUCCAGUUACAACAAAAAAAGUUGAUUCCUCUGGUUUGUAUGUAGUGGGAUUGAAGGGGG